UUCUUUCUUGGAGAGCAGCAAACCAGAAUGCUUUAGCGACUUUAAAACAUAAGCAGCUGCUGACCCACAUCUACACUGUAAAGAGCUUGGUACUUGGAGCAGCCUGCUUGGCUAUACAGAAGGGGCUCUCUGGAAGCUGCCUUGGAGAUCACCAGGACUCCUUGCUUUGGGAGACUUUGAGAGCCCAAGUUGAGAAGGACCUUUUUUGCUGGCUGAGAAAGAAGAAUGCAAGAGAUUGGCAGGCUUCUUCUGGUGCUGCUCUUUGGAUGCCUGUCAUGGAGUAAGCCGUGAAAGGUUUUCAUCCCUUCCUUCCUCAAAUUAUCUCCCCCGUUCCCCAGCAGUAGGAGAAGCCCUGCCUGGAUACUUCAAAAAAGCACAGUCCAAGACACAGCACUCCACUCUCCUGCUGCCCACGGCUGGCCUGGCUUAUUUGCUGGUUUCCCCCUUGAUUUAGACAAUGGGGAGAGGCGAUGCUGAGGAUGGACAGGUGCCUGAAAGAGUGAAGCCUCCAGAUGGUGGCUGGGGCUGGGUUGUGCUGCUGGGUUGCUUUGUCAUCACCGGCUUCUCCUACGCUUUCCCAAAGGCAGUGAGCAUUUACUUCAAGGAGCUGAUGCAUGACUUCCACGUUGGCUACAGUGACACAGCUUGGAUCUCAUCAAUCAUGCUAGCUAUGCUGUAUGGAACAGGGCCUGUGAGCAGUAUUAUGGUGAAUCAGUUUGGAUGUCGGCCUGUGAUGCUCGUUGGAGGCCUCUUGGCUUCGUCUGGAAUGAUUUUAGCCUCCUUCACCACAAACAUUAUUGAACUGUACCUGACAGCUGGCGUGCUGACAGGUUUAGGCAUGGCUCUCAACUUUCAGCCUUCCCUGAUCAUGCUGGGGUCCUACUUUGAUAAGCGGAGACCUUUGGCGAAUGGGCUUGCUGCAGCUGGGAGCCCAGUCUUCCUGUCAGCCCUCUCUCCACUGGGGCAGGUUUUGCUGGAGAAGUUUGGCUGGCGAGGCGGAUUCCUCAUCAUGGGAGGCCUCCUGCUCAACUGCUGCACCUGUGGGGCAGUGAUGAGACCCCUGGAGAUGAGCAUGAAGACGACAAGAGAGAAGGCCCAGGACAAAUAUGAGGCCAAAGAGAUGCUGCCAAUGGGAGAAAGGGCAGACGAGGCCAUCAGCACCAUGGACAACACUAAGAAGGCCAAGAAAGCCAAGAAGAAGAAGAAGCCCAAGAAAGGCAAAAAGUUGUUAGAUUUUUCAAUCUUCAAAAACCGAGGGUUUGUCAUCUAUACCAUCGCCAUGUUCAUCAUGGUCUUGGGUCUCUUUGUGCCCACCAUAUUGCUAGUCAACUAUGCCAAAGACACAGGAGUGCCUGACAAAGAGGCUGCUUUUCUGUUGUCUAUCAUUGGUUUCAUCGAUAUCUUUGCCCGCCCAUCUUGCGGGGUUCUUGCUGGACUGAAGUGGGUACGGCCUCAUGUCAUCUACCUGUUCAGCUUUGCCAUGCUCUUCAAUGGCCUGACCGAUAUCAUCAGUGCCAAGGCCAGCACUUACACGUCUCUUGUCCUCUUUUGCAUCUUCUUUGGCAUCUCCUAUGGCAUGGUGGGAGCCUUGCAGUUUGAGGUGCUCAUGGCCAUCAUUGGCUCACAGAAGUUCUCCAGUGCCAUUGGGCUUGUCUUGCUAAUUGAAGCCAUUGCUGUGCUUAUUGGGCCACCUUCUGCAGGGCGAUUGGUGGAUGCACUUAAGAGGUAUGAGGUUAUCUUCUACCUGGCUGGCUCAGAGGUGGUGUUGUCAGCUCUCUUCCUGGCCAUUGCUUCCUAUUGCUGCCUGAGCAGGGGGGAAAAGAAGACCUCUCAACCGGAGGAGAAUCCUUCUGGAGGCGGUGGUGGGAGUGAAACAGAGGAAGCCGAAUCAGAUAUACAGGAAGGCGAGGACCAUCCUGGUGACCAUGGCCACCUGUCUCACAGCAUCAACAAUGCUGGGGGCGAUGUUGUGAAUCACAUUGCAGAGAACAGGCAUGUCGAUGGAGCUGGGCAGCCAGAUGGGGAGGGUGAAGUUUUGGCACCAGGAGGAGGCAAUGCGGCUCACACAGUUGAAAGAAACAGUUUUUAAUUACAUGGAGGUCAAAUUCAAUCAACAAAGACAGUAUUAACAAUGCGUGGGACCUAGUCUGGCUGAAGCAAAAGUAUAUAGGGAAAGCUGACAAGUUUGUGUGGUGGGAGGAGAGAAUGAGGGUGGCCUGAGAAUAGUGUUUUUUAUACAGAGUGAUGACCCCAUGAACAGAGUUCCCUGAGGAAAAAAAAGCCAUGUUGUUUCCUUGAAUGUUCUUUGGAAUUCAUACAUUUUCCUACAAUGCAUGGACUUGCCUUGACAAACCUGAGAAUUAGAGGUGCUUAGUGACCAGGCUGAUAAUGUUGAUCCGUUUGAUAUCCCCCCCCCCCCCCCAAACUACAUCUACAGACCCAGAGCCCAACAAAGGAGGCCACAGUGUAGUAAUUAUCAUAACACUUGUAAUGUGCCAAAUACCAGAAGAAUAGAAAACAAUAUGAUCUACUUGGAAAGAGUGGUGGAGUGCCAAAGUUUGUUAGAGACAGCAUGCGAUAAGGUGAUGCCUACUAUUGGACACAUCUCUAUGAGUAAGGGGUAGAAGCUUAUACCUUCUGUCAAUUGGUUCUUGGUGAUUGAAAUGUUGAUCCAACCAUAUACCAAGACAAGGUUGUCAUUUUUAUUUGCAGAGGGUAUAUGUGCUAUAUCUGAAAAGCAGUGAGACAGUAUAAUGAAGUCACUGUGUUGGGAUUUUUGACAUAGAAUCAUAAGAGUCUGAAGAGACUCAAAGGAUAAUCUAGUCCAGCUCUCUUCUUGUGCAGGAAUCUACAGCUAAAGAAGCUGGUAAAUGCAGAUAGUCUUCAAAUUACAAACCGAAUAGGUUAUGUAGGUUUCUUCUUAAGUUAAAUUUUAGCUUUGGCUAGCAUAACGAAGGGUUAAUUCCCCUUUGGAGGUUUCUUUGCUAUCUGUCCCUCUAUUCAGAAGAUUCCACUUCACUCUCUGUCACUGUGAUAAUUGAAUUUUGGAAAAUGUGGCUUGUUGUGGAAACAAGGAUUGGCGAGAAAUCUUAAUGGAGACAUCUUUUCAGGGGUGAAUUUCCCAUCGUAGGGGUCGAUUUCUUUCACUUUCUGUUGUCUCACCCCUGUUCUUAACUAUGAUUUUUUUUGUUAGUUGGAUGUCUGUAACCCAGGGACUGCCUGUACUGCAGUUAAAUAAAUGUUCACUAUAAGGGCAGAGCAGCAUGUAAAGGUAGAAUAUGUUGUCGACCGCGUUUGGGGGAUCGGGUCCCUUAAGGAGGGAGCCGACCCGGUCCUGAGGGAACGGACCCUGGCGAAGCCAAAAGAAGAAUAUAAGCCGCAAUACAACCUGAAGCCUGGAAUGAAGAAGGUCCGCCAAGUUGAAGGAAAAUCCGCCAAGGAGUUUUUAUUUAGCAAUUUCAGCUGAAAAGGACGCUAAUAGCGAUCAUUCAAUCUACUAGCGUAACAUAUGUUUCAAAUAAAGUCAUAUUUAUACAAUG